GACUAUGGGCAGGUAAGCGUCAGGUGGGUUCUGUGACGUAUGCCGGAAGUGGGGACAGUGCUAACUGUGGGAAGCUGGUGUGAAAGUUUGCUCAGAAACAGGGAACCUCAGCAUUGUGUUUAUUAAACCUUAAAGCGAAACACCUGCCGAGCAGCUAUGUGUACUUUUGAUAAGGAAAAGGGCCCGAGGAGGUUGAUGCAAAAGGGCUUAGCGCUCAUCCUGGUGGGCCAUAUUAACUUCAUCCUUGGCGCCAUCGUCCACGGCAGUGUCCUGAGACACAUUUCCAAACCCAGCCAACAAAUCACCACUGAAUACACAGCAACUAACAUCAUAUCUGUCACUUCAGGCCUUCUGAGCAUCGCCACAGGAAUUAUUGCCAUUGUGGUGUCAAGGAACCUUCGCACACUUAAGCUGCACAUCGGACUUUUACUCGCCUCGUUCCUCAAUGCCCUGCUCUCAGCGGCAUGCUGUGUCGGCCUCUUGGUGGCCAUCGGGUUGACGGUCACUCACGAUGGUCAGGGCCUGAUGCGAGGGUGCAACGACACAGUUGUGCCUGCCAAUGCGCGCUCUCCUGUCAGCGCACAGUGCCCGUUUGACACCACGAGAAUUUAUGACACCACCCUGGCAAUAUGGUUCCCUAGUGCAGUGUUGGCAGCAGCAGAGAGUGGCCUGUCUGUAUGGUGCUUCAUCGUAGGACUGACUCUCCGGGGCCUGCUGGCCUGUGGGAAGACCUACUACAAACAGCAGUUAGAGGAGGAGGCAGAGAGCUCACCACACAGCGCACGCCUGAUAAGCCAAAACAUCAACCCUGAUGCCUGAUGUAACAAAAUGCUGGAAGUACAGCACUCCAUUAUUUCACAUCCCUAAAUCUGAAUAUAUAGAAAUAUUUUAUAGGAGUUGAUCGAUUCAUUUCAUUGAACUUGACCAAGUGUAAAUGCAUUCAUGUAUUGUCAACGUUUUGAUGCUCAGCCGUCAUGUAGUCACAUUAGGACUCUUUUUGCUUUUUAGUAAGUUUGGGUUUGCUAGUUAAUAACAUUCCAUCCAGAGUUUAAUGAAAGAACUUUUUUGUACAUUUUUUUAUAUCAAGUUGUAACAGGACUGAGCGAUGAUGUUUUUCAUGCAGUCUGAUCUUGAUUAUUUUCACAAUUUUUUAAAACUUGAUAUUUAUUGAUUUUUACCUGGCAGACUGACAGAACAUCCUUACUGAAUGUUUAAUAAACUAGAGUGUAGUUGAACUUACAAAAUAUGAAAUAAUUAUUAAACAACAUGAAAUUGCCAGGACUGAAUAACCUGAAAAUCCUUGUCGCAAACACCACUUCUCAAAGACAGUAUUCAAAAACGACAGACCUAUCAUUAAAUGAACAUAAAAAGUCAACUAUAAUCAACAAAAUACAAAGCAAAAUAAAUAUUUAAAAAAGUAUUGGACAGGAAGUCACUCAACAAUGCAAAGAAUGUAUAGAAGACACCCAUGACUCACAUGUUCAAACUGUUAUGCAGAUAUACAAGAUUUAAAAAAAUAAAUAGAAUGAAAGAAAGAAAAAAAUGAAGACACCCUGGAUUGUUGACAUUUUUCAACUGUUACUUUAAAAUGUGUAUCAUCUGCAAUAUCAAGUACUAACUGUCAUGUUGUGAACCUGCAAAAUACCAUGUAACCAGUGUGUCAAUUUUGAAUAAAACAAAAAAAAUUCAACAAGGAACAACUUUUUUUAUCUACUUACCCAUAGCUGAGUGCAGUUGGUCACCAAAACUUUGGCUGUAACCUUUGUGGUUGUGGCAUUGCUGCUCGAGAAACAUUUUCUGACAGGGAUUUUGUACAAAAAGACUUUUGAUUAAGUGCUUAAAUUACACUUAACUGAGUUUCAAGGCAUCAAUCCGUCUUUUGUUAGACAAAAUGAAUGAAUUUAUUUUUGUCAGCUUGUACUUUUUUUCCAAAGUCGUUAAAAAAAAAAAAACUUUUAUGCCAAGGAGGGUUAGAAAACCUUCCAAACACAUCACGACUAACACAGCCCAAAUUUGUCAAAAAAACAACAACCAUACAUUCAUUCAUUGGUAAGUCAAUUUUUGUUCAACAAUAAACAAUGACAUUUUUAACUUCAUUUAUUUUUAUUUUAAUGUUUAGCUUGCGUCUUAAAAUUAUGCAUGAGCAAAUACAGCGUCACGAUGUUUAGUGUAUUUGAGUAUUAGCCACACACUAUUUUUUUUUCAUGUUAAGAGGUUCACCCAGUAUGUGGGCCAGCAGUCUUAGCAUCCACAGACACACGAGCACACACACAACCAAGUGACAGAGAGGAUAACAUCAGAUCAGCCACGAAACGGUUAAUCUAGUGCUCUGCUCAAUCGUGUGGAAGGGAAUCAUAGCACGCAGCACUAAUCCUGACUGUGUGAGGGAUAAAUAUUGACAUUGUGCUGCCUGAUUCAAUCACUCAGUGAUCAGUGUGUGGAGCCUAGCCCAUCAGGCUCACUUUGAGGUCACCGCAUAGAUGUUUCUAUGUGAAAACACGAGUAGUAAUGAGGAUGUGCUUGUUCCGCACAAAUGACUCGAAUACAACUUAUGAGCUGUAUUUUUUUUAAUUGACGUUAGGUCCAGAAAAUUUGCAUCUUAUUGUUAUUCUUGAAAUCAUCUGUGUAAUUUAAAAAAAUAAAUAAAUCUGUAUUUACCCACUUGAUUAUUAAAGGUACUAAACAGGAUUUUUAGUGAACUGAGACGGCCUCAAAAAGGUUUUUUCUUCUCUUCAAUAGUGUUCGGGUAGAAUACUCAGGCCAAACAUGCUCCUGUGCAUGUCCAUGUGCGUCCCCCCGGCAGCAGCGCUGUUUCACCGAGCUUCCUCUUAGACUCUGCUUGGAAAAAACACUUUUCUAACCCACUUAAGGCUUGCUACUAACUGUAAACAUUUCUGGUGCUGAUCUGAUGUGCCAAAUGCUCAUACAAGCUUACGCGGCAUGCACGAGUUUAACACAGGCUGCAAUUACAUUUUAGUGACAGUCGUGAGUAAGUGAAAAAGUGAUAAAAUAAUACAUAUAGUAGCGUUCACAUUUGGAAAAUACAUAGUCAAUUUUUUUUUUUCUCUCCACUGAACUGAUAUUGUUAAAGUUAGCACAUUUGGAGUAAAGUUUUAAAAUAUUUGCUUUUAAAAAAUGUGUAAUUGAUUCAAGCCAACAGACCGGAACUGGUGUUGCAUCAUUUGGAAAAAAAGAAAAAAAUCCCCAUUAAUGCUUUUCUUGGAACUAUUUGGUCUGUGUGCAAAAGUUCUACUUCGUACAAAAGAAAGUAUGAACACACAGAAUAAAUUGUCCACAAUAUUGUUGCAUAUUGGAGACAAUAAAGCUGAACCUUAAAUUUUAUUCCUACGUCAGUAGAGUAACCCGGUUGACCGCAUCAGUUCAAAGGGUUUUACUGUCAUUGUACAGGUCAUAGUGAAAUUGUUUUCUGGCAGUUCUCAGUUGUGUACAUCGUAUAAAUAGAAUUAGAUUAAAAAAAAAAAAAAAAUUUUUUCUUUAAAACAGUGAAUAGCUUUUAGUCAAUGUAUUGAUGUCCAUGAACAUUUUUGGACUCGUUUUAUCUAAAUGA